UUCCAGUUUCCUGCAUUGCACAAUCUUUUCCCUCUCCUCAGACAGAUAAAUAAGACAAAGGAAGGAGCGCUGGAAAACGAGGAAAAGAGGAGAGAAUACAGAGCAAAGGACGGAAAAGAGCCAUAGUAGGGCGAGGGGGUGUGGAAGAUAAUAGAUUAAAAAAAAAAGAGUGGCAGAGGGGAUAUGAGGAGAGGAAGGGAGGCAGUGGCAGAGAGAGGGAGCUGAAGAUUGAGUGAGUUACAUAGCAGUAGAAUGAGGGUUAGAGUGAAAGAGAGAGCAGAGAAGCAUUUGAGCUGCCACCCUUUUGCACGCCACUUAGGAUCCGUUGCUUUCUGAAGAGGUAAGAAGAGGAAUCCACCGUGGAGGCAAGAAGGAGAAGGAGGAGGGGGGCUGAGGAGGAGGAAGCCAGAGGUUCUACACACAAGAUGGCUGCUGUGUCCUCUGCCUCUGACACUGGUGACGCCAGGAGCCGCCACCCCCCUGAGCGCAGACUGCUGAUCCUGGGGGGCCCACAGUCCGGUAAGACCUCCACUGCCAACACCAUCCUGGGUGACGAGGUCUUUGAUGUUGGGACAGAGACAACUCACAGCAACGUGGGCCAGACAGAGAUCUACGGCCGACGUGUCACCGUGGUCGACACCCCUCCGUGGGCCAUCCCAGCUGACCCGGAGGAUGACACAGAAGCUGACAACAACGACAACGCCGGCGCAGAAUCGGACAGCCUGCCGCAACCCCCACCGAGCUUGGACAGCGAGGGGCCGUGCAUGGGGGCCAUUCUCUGCCCUCCUGGACCCCAUGCAAUACUGCUGGUGAUUUCGGUCACACAGCCCUUCACUGAUACCCAGAGAAGGGCCGCAGAGGAGCAACUGGGGGCCCUAGGCGGAGGGACCUGGAGGUAUUCCAUGGUGCUCUUUACUAGUGUGGACAAGCUUCCCAAAGGUGUCUUUAUUGAGGAGCACAUAGCGAACACUGGAGAGGCCCUGCAGUGGCUGGUGGAGAGAUGUGGAAGCAGGUACCACGCCUUUGAUAACACUCGGAAAGAGACCGAGGAUAACACACAGGUACCCGAGCUGAUGGAAAAGGUGGAGGAAAUGAUCACUGACAACCAAGGCUGGUACUUCGAGGUGAAUGAGCUGAUUUUACUGGAAGAAGAACAAGCCAGGAGAGCUCUGGAGGAAGAGAGGAUCAGGAUGGAGGAGCACGCAAGACAGAGGGAGCAGAUGAUUGGAGGACCUCCCAGGGAGUUGAGGUUGCUGUUGCUGGGCUGGAAGGGCGUUGGAAAGAGCUCAGUGGGGAACUCCAUCCUGGGCCGUCGGUACUUUGAGUCAGGCCAAGAGACGGAGCUGUGCCUCAGGAGGCAGGCGCUCGUUUCCGGCCGCCGGGUCACCAUCGUCGACACCCCAGGGUGGGACUGGUUCUCUGUGAGGCGAACCCCAAAGCGCAUCCGCCAGGAGUCCCAGCGCGGAGCUGCCCUCCUGCGCCCUGGACCCCACACCCUGCUGCUGGUCCUCCCUGUCGUCUCGUCCCUCACGGCCAGGAAGAGGCGAACGCUCCUGGCUCACAUAGAGACUCUGUUUGGUGACAGUGCUUGUCUCCACACCAUGGUGCUCUUCAGCUGUGGUGACUGGCUGGGCCGCACGCCCAUUGAGGAGCACAUUCUUAGAGGCGGGCGUGAGCUGCAGAGACUUCUUGAAUACUGUGGGAACUACUACCACGUCCUGGACAGUAAGACCCCUGGCAAAGACAGGAGUGUGUCAGUCCUACUGGAUAAGAUAGAGGAAAUGAUCAGGGAGAACGGUGAUAAGGCUUUCCUCCCCAUACAGACUGAGUGGUUGAGCGAGGAGAGCUCUUACUCUUCUGACAACACCGAGCCCGAGGACGACUGUCGAGGGUGCCAGCUGCAGUGAUACGAUCGCUCUAAAAGGAAAGUGGUCUGACUUUUUAUCUGUGUUCUGAGUCUUCAGUAGGCCCAAACAUCACCUCAUGUAACUUAAACCUCAUCUAGAUAUCCCUUUCCGACUCUUAGGAGUUUUAGGGAAAAGCAAACGGCUUGGACCAGGAGUCUCGUCGUGAGUAGCUCUUUGUUAGAAAUGAAAAGACUGAACUCGCUGAUCACUGAGCAAAGCUCGACCUGGACCGAGAGUUGCGGUGAAUAACCACGUCUGAGGCUAAAUGUUCAAAACAAUCCCCUCAGACCCAGGAGGAGAACUAUUCUGCUUUUGCUUCGAGGGACCAGACGGAAAAUCGAUCCCUGCUCAUGAGCAUGUUCACAGAAAUCAACUGCUGCUAAAGAGACCCUGUUUCAACACUGCAGAGUAAAGAAUUACUCAUCAUUGUAACUCUGUGUUCAGACUGCACUGAUUAGAUUUGUGUUACAAGCUGGAAGCAUAAAAUCAAAACCAAAAGGGAAGUGGUGUAGAAGUUGACGAUCAUGACCAAGCAGAUUUGGGGGUAGGGCUCAUGUCUGUGGCAAGCUAGUCACUCCUGGUUAUUGGAACACUAAGAAGAAUGUCUCUAUGUAUGUCUUGUAUACGUUUUGGAUGGAUUUUACAGUAUACUCAUCCCUUCCUGCAUCACGUGCCAAACUACAAAAGAUAAUACUGUGUACUGGAAUACGUGUACACCAGUGUGAAACAAAGCAAAGUCGAGAGAAUCUUGAGGUUUUUGCACUCCGGUAACAUAAAAGUGAACCUUCAAACAUUAAACAUGGUAACUUCCUUCUGAUCUCUCAUUAGAGCAAUAUUAACAUUUUCUUCAUUAACAUUUGAUUAGUUUAGCUCAGGGAGUCAGUGUUGAGUUGAUUCCUCCAGGGCGAAAUCUGGCUCAUUUACAGAAGCGCUGAUCAAUGCUGAUUGCUUAACUUCAGACGUGAGUCACAUAUUAAUUCAAAUUGGAGGUUUUUCUUUCUGCAAGUAUUUGCUUCAGUUUGCUGGGAAUGAAAGAGAGUCAGUCUUUGCACUUUGGUCAAAAUUGGUUACUUUGGUUCUCCUGUGCUAAAGUAACUGAAACCACCUAAAGCAAGUAAGUAUAUAUUUUUAUCCCACCUUUACUGUAGCAUUCAUGCUCAAGAAGCGCUCUAAAGACAGUUAGGAAAGGCUGUAAUGAAACUAUGUGCAGUCUCAGAUCCCUGUGGAGCAGCUUGGGCUGGCUCUGCUUCGCUGUUUGUGGUCAUGCAUCCGGUGCAUUUAUCGACAAGCUAGAUUCAGCUAUGUGCCUCAGCAUCAAAGCGUGAGAGUGGGAGUACAGCCCUGCGGCAGGGCAGUAUCCUAUAGGCUACAUCAAGCUUUCGCAUGCUACAGAAACAACAUAACCUCAUGAACCUCCAUUUGAGCUCACACAGGGCUUUUACUACCUUUUUCUACAUCCUAGAGACAUCUGUUCCUAUCAUCUGAAGUGAUAUUUUGAAAAAAUAGAAUAUAUAUAUACGUAUAUAUAUAUAUAUUCAGCUCUCAGAGGCAUGUUAAGACACCGCAUGCAGAUAAAUGAGUGCCUAUAGAGUUGAAGGCAACCUCACCUCUUAUUGCUCUGACUCUAUGUGAAUUUCUGGUAUACCCUCUACAACCGCAAAAAAAAAAAGAAAAGAAAAAAGUGGAAUAAAGAGAAUUCACACUCUAAAAGGUACAAAUAAAAGCGUAUACAGUUCAGACCGUAGGCAUUUGGACAGUUAAA